AUGCCUUCAUGUGAUGUUGAUGAAUCCUGCACAAAGAGUGGAGGUGACCAUCAGGCCAUGUCCAACGCCCAGUCAAUGACGCAGCGCCAUCCACCACGCCAGGCAAAGGACCUAGGCCAAGGACCACCUGCAGAAGAAGGGUUCAGCCACAUUACACAUCGAACCCCAGCAGCACCUGCUUCCUCUGGCCCAACGCCGGGUGCAAACGUAGCUUGGCAAAAAGAUACGCAGCGGCAAGGCCCUCGCAGGACGAUGCAGGGCCCGCUUGUGGAGAAAGCAAGAGGCAUAGGAGGCAGGGAAGGAGGGAAAAAAGUGUGA